AUGAAGUUGACACGUGUCUUCGUGCCAAUCGCUGCCUCGCUGGUGUUUCAGCUGGAUGCUGUUGCCCUGGAGGGCAAGAAUAAGCAAAGUCUGCCGGACCCCAAUCAGGUUGCCUUGCCUUCAGUUCCCGGCGUCGUGGAUGCUGGUAAAAACGGCUUCCCCGAGCUUCCAAGCGUGUCUUCCAUGCUGUCGGAUUCCUCCCAAACCUUGAGCGGCAUAUCCGCGCAAGCGCAGCGCUUGCAGAAGCAGAUGCUUGAGGUUCAGCAAGAAAAUGCGGCUCGGAUGGAGCGCCAAAAAGCCGUGUUUGACCGAAAGCUGAAGGAGCAGGAGCAGAAGAACCUUGAGGUGGUCAAGCAGAACGCAUUGCUUGCCAAGAACAUCAUGGAGACAAAGAAGGCCGACGAAGACCUGCUGCGCCACGCGCAGUCCCUGCAGAAGGGAAACGCGCAGCGCCACAACGAGUUGAAGAUGCUUCAGGACCAGCUGGCAGCUGCGCAGAAAUUCCUCACAGAAUCCGUGGAGCAGACGGAUGACAGCAAGGCAAAAGAGCUUGAUGUGCUGGGCGAGGAAGGUACUUCGCCCAAGGGCCUGUCCUUGCUGGCCCUUUCAUCGGCCUCCCACACGGAGCCAGCGGCCGAGGGGUCCGAGGCCAAGGCCGGUGAGAACAGCGAGCCGGAGGGAUUGAUCUCCAUGCUGGCCUCCGGCAUCAAGGCAUUGAAGAAGCAAGGGCAGGAGAGUGAAGCCAAGCUGAAGUCUGUCUUCAUGGCCGACUUUCAAGCUGGCGUGCGAAGAUACAAGGCCCUCCUGAACCAGCAGAAGGUUCUCAAGGAGACCCUGGAGACAAUGCAGACCUAUCACUCUCGCCUGGAUGCAGCUGACAAGCACCUGCAGGCCACCCAGACCAAGAUGGAUCUGCGACUCCACGACGGCGGUAUGUUCAUGCAGAAGCUGUCCGAGCUAACCAUGGCCCGUCCUGAGGCUGCGGUUCAUGCCUUGGAGAACCUGUCGAAGAAGUGA